UUUCACAAUUUGUUUGGAAUUAUGUUCGUGGUUGAGUUAUGACAACAAUUCGACGUUUGCUCAUUGAUUCACGAUGAAUGACAAUUUAGAGAAUAUUAAUCCGAAGCUUUACAAGAAAUUGGACGAUAGAAAAAUCACAAGCGAAGAAGAAGACGAAGAUGUUGCGGAUGAAUUCGAUGCGAGAGAGAUUUUCGAUAUAAUUAAGAACAUCAAUGAUCCAGAACAUCCUUUGACUCUGGAAGAAUUAAAUGUAGUAGACCAAAGUCUCAUUGAGGUUGACGAUAAAGCAAACAGAGUGAACGUCAAGUUUACACCAACAAUUCCUCAUUGCAGCAUGGCCACUUUAAUCGGAUUGUCCAUUCGUGUUCAAUUGUUGCGUGCUUUACCAGCUAGGUUCAAGGUUAAUGUGGAAAUUUCUCCUGGCACUCACGUUUCAGAAGCAGCAGUGAACAAACAACUCGCAGACAAGGAAAGAGUAGCUGCAGCUUUAGAAAAUUCUAUGCUGCUUGGUGUGAUCAAUCAGUGUUUAGGCCCGAGAAAUUAGAAAGUGUAUGGAUUCCAAGAUGUCUCUCCUAGAAUAGACGAAAAUUUCAUUAUGUAUAUAUAUUGUAUAUGAAUAUAUAAUAAAUUGUUAAACGCUUA